AUGCCCAUGGACACGAUCGUCUCCAACCCGUCAGUGGCCAUGGGGCACAGCCAGCAGCCAGCAGUUCACCCCUUCUUCCGUCAAGAUUUUGGCAUCACUUCACAGGCAACGCCCUCGGAGCCCGAGACAGCAGCGAUUCCUCCCCCGAAUACUUUCACUUCCGAAUCUGCCUCCGUAGGCACCCAAUGCUCAAAUACCGAAAUAAGAGCCGAACUUGAGCCCAUAGCGCAGGGAGUCGACGAGACCUCGAUUGCCAAUCAUCCAAUCCCUCGGAGUCCGGAGGAAGACCUGAAUGCAAGUCGGCGAAAGAGACACAGGACUGAGAAGCUCAAACCGUCCGGCGAUGAUGCGCCGCUUCAGUCUGGGCUAGCAGGAUGGUUGGGUAAAGAUAUAUCGACACCAGUAGCUUCAGCUGAAGCUUCUAUCGACCCGGCGAUCAAUACCACAGCAGCCCUUCCACAAUUAUUGCCUGGGCCGACCCCUCUCGACAUUGCCCCCGAGAAAACGCCAGCCGCGCCCGACAACGCAGUCUCAGACCCUGCACCCGAUAGGAAGCGAAAAAUAGUGAAGCUGAAUUUAAACGGGAGGCUGCUUAGCUCUUCUCCCCCGAUACCUAUUGAGGCUCCAGACCAAAAACGAACAACCGGGAAACGCGGACGACCCCGAAAGACCGAAAGCAGACUAGCAAUUCUCAAGUACGGCACUGGAGAUGACAAAAGGCUAGCCAAAUUGGUGGACGACAUCAUUCACGGUCACUCGACGCAUAAACCUGCGCCUGUCCGUCCAUUGAUUCCGGCGCCGCCCAAGGUGAAGAAGCCAGCAAAACCCACUCAUCCUUUCUUCCUCAAGAAACCCACCCAGGAAUCCCAUCCAGACUGUAUACCUGAGUCCACAAAUACCUCGGAGACACCAGCCCAAAGGCCAUUCACCAAUCAAACAUCACGCGACACCCCAGUCGAGAAGCGUGAGCCCCGGGCUUGGACCUCUAUUCAGUCUUCGUUCAGUAGCCGGACAGCGAAAUUUCCAGAGCUCGUUGAAGCACUCUGGCCGCCUAGAGAUCUAGCUCAUAUUAGGUCUGUUGAUUCCCCUCAGACCCACGAAUCUAUCUUCCGGGCUUUUCAGAAUGACCAAAGGAAAUCAAAAUUACGAGUGGUUUCGGUCGCCGAUGACGAGAACGCUCUUCUUGUCAGUACCUCCCGGGCACGAAAGGCUGCAGCUCCAGCUUCAAAAGACGACAAUGACUUCCGUCCAACUCUUCGUGUCCCCGGACGCCACAUUGCAAGUGGUCGAGUUCUCCAGACAGCGAUCGACAAUCAAAUGUCUUGGGCAACCGACCCACGUUCAAUGAAAAAUUUGUCCCUUCCGGUCAUCUCAAACCUUCGAUCGUCCUUACUUUCAUCAUUCUCAGCCUUUGAUUGCGGGAAGUACGAAGCACAGCUUUGGGCUCACAAAUAUGCACCCAAAGCAGCAGAAGAUGUCCUUCAAGUGGGACGUGAGGCUCAUGUACUCCGUGACUGGUUACGGCAUCUCAAAAUCACUGCCGUUGACACAGGGAAACCAUCAAAAGAAACCACGAAAUCGAACGCAGAGAAGAAACGCAAGAAGAGGAAGAAGCAAACGGACAAGCUUGACGGAUUUAUAAUAUCCAGUGAGGAAGAGGAGUCCGAAAUGGAUAAUCUCUCUGGCUCGGACGAUGAAUUGGCGGGUCCUGUAACGGUGUCUGGUCAGAAAACUGUUAUUCGCUCAGGAGAUCUUGCGAGGACUGCAGAGAAGAGCCGACUCACCAAUGCGAUACUCUUAAGUGGCCCACCGGGAUCUGGAAAGACAGCCUCGGUCUAUGCUGUGGCUAAAGAACUUGAUUUUGAAAUAUUUGAGAUCAACGCAGGUAGCCGACGAAGUGCCCGAGAUAUGCUGGAGAAGGUCGGGGACAUGACACAAAACCACUUGGUGCACCUCCUGAACGAAUCCGACGACGCGCCUACCAAGCCACGACCCUCGGAACCUGCCGAUGAAGCCAAACAAAACAAGCUCAUGAGCUUCUUCAAAGGCAAGCCGUCAAAAAGCCCCGGGUCCGAUACGACAUCCGCCAAGACGAGCCCCAAGCCGCAGACAGAUGAAAAGCCUACUCGCGAACAGAAACAAUCCUUGAUCCUUCUCGAGGAAGUUGAUAUUCUUUUCGAAGAUGACAAACAAUUCUGGACGGGUGUUUUGACAUUAAUCAGCCAAUCGAGACGACCGAUCGUCAUCACAUGUAAUGACGAGAGCCUCCUGCCUCUUCAGAGUAUGUCAUUGCAUGCCAUUUUGCGUUAUCAAAAGCCGACUCGCGAUAUUUCAAUCGACUACCUGCUUCUUGUCGCUGCAAACGAAGGCCAUUCAGCAAGCUUUUUGACGCGUCUGGAAUGGAUGUUCGAAGAUCGCUCAUGGAUCUCAACUUUUGGUGUCAAAUCGGUGUUGGCAGUGACAAAGCGGGUCUCGACUGGAUUCUUCCUUCCUGGCCCCCGGAGAGAGAACACCGACGAAAACGGAGAUCGGACGCGUGUUCUAAGUCUCAAUACAUACGAGCCCUAUAUGGGCUGGUUUAACCGAGACCUCUUGCUGGGUGAGGAUUCCGAAGAGAAGGAGACGGAAGCUUUGAAGAAUACCUUGCACUGGUGGAGACUCGGAAUUCAGGACUCCGAGGAUGCAGCUGGAUUCAGCGAGGUUGAGAAGUUGCCUCCGCAUGACUUUCACGCAAAGUCAAGAAUGGAGAAACUCGAUAUACUUGAUCGGGAGAUGGAUUAUUUAGAUAUGAGAAGCUCUCUGGAUAUUCUUUCCUCUCGUUGUCAGUUAGACAUGUUGAAGGAUUCUGUUGAUAUCUCCGCGCCCCCGAUCCCCAACUCCCAUCGAUCGAACUAUAUAGAGGCCUAUCCACUUCUUCAAGCCAGUUUAGCGCCCGAAUACACUGCGCUCAGCGAAACCAUUGGCCUUUGGUUCUCUGCGUCAAUCUCCAAGGCAUUCCGCACACGCCAUGAUGAUAUGGAAUCGGCCUACGCCGGUCAAAUGUUCAAUGGCUGGCGGCAGUCUGGCGUUCGCCGACAGGUCUUUCCCUCAAAAUUGACUGAGUUCCAGAAAGUUUUCGAACCCCUCAUGAGGUUCAACUAUACAAUGACAUUGAUGACCGGUCGACUCUCUCCUUCUUUUGAAAACGCGUUGUCUCCUAUCACUGAAGACCUCGCGCCCUAUGUUCGCUCUAUCAUGGUUUUUGACGAGCGCUUGAAGCAUUAUCGUGACUAUCUAAGCGCAUUGUCGAACCAGCAGAAUCGCCAUGGAGAGAAGAAGCAGAGGAAUACUCGGGCCAGCCGAGCAGCACUGGAAGGGGGCAACAAGGCUUCGGUGCGGAAAGAGAGGUGGUUCCCCGAUGACACGGACUACUUUUUGGUACAAAGAACCGGGAAGCCCGAAUGGCAAACCGUCUUGUUCCAGAUGGGACAUUUCCAAAUCCAGCCGGUUGUGCAACAGAGCGAAAACAGCAGUGAGCAAGUUUCCGACGCCCCAGAAGAGCUUUAG